AUGCCUCUCUUGUCAUUACCACCUGAAGUUUUCCACCUGAUAAUCUCAACACUAUCAAACCGCGAGAUCAAAUUGCUGCGUUUGACGUGCAGCCUUCUCUGCGACGUUGCUCGCCUCCGUCUUUCUCGCGUCUUCCUUUCUGCAGACCCGCUGAAUAUCCGAGUAUUUCGUGCCGUUGCAGAACAUCCAAUAUUUCGCAAGCAGGUAACGGAGAUAGUGUGGGAUGAUGCUCUUCUGAUCGACGAUCCAACGCCAGAACAUGACCCGUAUGACGUUGACGCAGGCAUCGAAUCGGACGACGAGGAAGAGGAGAACAAGGACUGCCCGAAGUGGUUUGUCGCAAUAUGUAGGAGUAAUCUCGAUGAGCUGUCAGUGCGGAUGGACCGAAAUGAAGAUGGAUGGUAUAACGCGGAACGUUCAGCCCAGCGGGACGCGCGACCGUCGCUAUGGACCUGUUGGCAGUAUUAUCAGAACCUCUUCACGCAACAAGCCGAAGUCUUGAUUCGUCAGAGCGACGUGGAGGCGUUGGUCUAUGGCCUUCGACGGUUUCCUGCUCUAGAGAGAAUCACUCUCAUCCCUGCCGCUCACGGUUGGUUAUAUCAGCCACUCUACGAGACGCCAAUGAUCCGGGCAUUCCCCAACGGCUUUAACUACCCAAUCCCGCGCGGGUGGCCGACAGCGGCGGAAGGGGAUCCUACGCCGGAGGCUGAAGACUGGAGCACUUUACCGGAGAAAGCCAAAGGGCAGUGGCGGGGAGUCCGGCUUGUUCUGCGUGCUUUGGCCCAGCAUUCUGAUCACCGCGUGGCCGAGCUAAUCUUGGAUGUUAAUCAGCUGGAUACGGGGCUCAAUUGCACCAUCUUUCACCAGCCCUGCGAGGAGUUCGAGAACCUGAUGGUCCUGCUGCAACGCCCCGGAUUCCGCCGCCUAGACCUUCCCCUAAUUGUCCGUGGUCAGGAAUAUGAGGAGUGGCCCGCCUUCCGCAACGGAAACCUGCGCCGCGCCUUGAGUGAGGCAUCGAGCUUGGAACACCUCAGUCUCUAUACGACAAUCGAGAUCGACUCAGUGGCUAAUUUAAGGUGGCAGGGGCAACAAUGGAUAGAGCCCGGGCAGAGGUCAUUUCGCUUUCAUUUCACCUCUCUUCAAACUAUCUUCCCAGUGGCAAGCUGGUCGGGAUUGCAAACCUUGAAGCUAUCUCGGUACAUUGUGAUCCAGGACGACGUGAUAUCUCUCUUGGAGCAACUACCGGCCCUCCGAGAGAUUGAACUGAGCUUCUUGGGGUUUCUAGAUAACGGGGGCAAUUACAGAGAUCUCUUGGACGAGAUUCGCGCGAGGUUUCGGUGGUCGGAAAGAGAUCAAUAG